AUGGCCGAACAGAUCGAGAAGGCAUUCCAGAAGCAGCCCAUCUUCCACAACGCGAAGGCUCGCGGUGGCAAGAAGGUCUCCACCAAGGAGAAGCGGUGGUAUAAGGAUGUUGGUCUUGGCUUCAAGACCCCGUCUGAGGCGAUUCACGGCAGCUACAUUGACAAGAAGUGCCCUUUCACCGGUGAGGUCUCGAUUCGUGGCCGCAUCCUCACUGGCCGUGUCAUCUCCACCAAAAUGACGCGCACUGUCAUCAUUCGUCGGGACUACCUUCACUACAUCCCGAAAUACAACCGUUACGAGAAGCGUCACAAGAACCUUGCGGCGCAUGUAUCACCAGCUUUCCGUGUAGAGAUCGGCGAUGUGGUCACUGUUGGUCAGUGCCGGCCGCUGUCGAAAACUGUGCGUUUCAACGUGCUUCGGGUGUCGAAGAACAAGGCCGCGGCAAAGUCUUUCGGCAAGUUUUGA